GGCAAGAUGGCAAGACUUAUUCUUCUCACUGGGUUGGCUCUUCUGCUGAAUGCUCAGCUAGGCUCUGCCUACCAGCUGACAUGCUACUUCACCAACUGGGCCCAAUACAGACCUGGCCUUGGGAAGUUCAAGCCAGAUAACAUUGACCCAUGCCUUUGUACUCACCUAAUCUAUGCUUUUGCCGGAAUGUCCAACAACCAGAUCACCACAAUUGAAUGGAAUGACGUCACCCUUUACAGCUCUUUCCAAAACCUGAAGAAUCAGAACGGUAAUUUGAAAACUUUGCUGGCCAUAGGAGGGUGGAACUUUGGAACUGCACCAUUCACUGCCAUGGUUUCCACUGCUCAGAACCGUCAGACAUUCAUCACCUCUGUGAUCAAAUUCCUGCGUGAAUAUGGAUUUGAUGGACUGGACUUUGAUUGGGAAUAUCCUGGCUCCAGAGGAAGCCCUGCUCAGGACAAAGGACUCUUCACAACUCUGGUUCAGGAAAUGAGGGCAGCUUUUGAGACUGAAGCUUCACAAACGAACAAACCAAGACUCAUGGUGACCGCUGCUGUUGCUGCUGGCAUCUCCAACAUUCAAGCUGGUUAUGAAAUCCCUCAGCUUUCUCAGGCUCUGGAUUACAUCCACGUUAUGACCUACGACUUGCAUGGUUCAUGGGAAGGAUACACUGGAGAAAACAGCCCACUGUACACUAACCCUUCUGCCACUGGCUGGAACGCUUACUUGAAUGUUGAUUACGUCAUGAACUACUGGCUGAAAAAUGGUGCACCUGCUUCUAAACUUAUUGUUGGUUUCCCAACCUAUGGACACACUUUCAUCCUGAGUAACCCAUCCAAUACUGGUAUUGGAGCCCCCACUUCAGGUGCUGGCCCAGCUGGUCCUUACACUAGGCAAUCUGGAUUUUGGGCUUACUAUGAGAUCUGCACUUUCCUGAAGAAUGGAGCUACUAAUGAAUGGUCCUCUGCUGAAGAUGUGCCCUAUGCCUACCAAGGAAGUGAGUGGUUGGGAUACGACAAUGAGAAGAGCUUCACACUAAAGGCACAAUGGCUGAUGCAGAACAACUUGGGUGGUGCUAUGGUUUGGGCUAUUGAUCUGGAUGAUUUUACAGGUACAUUCUGUAACCAGGGCAAGUUUCCUCUGAUCAACACACUGAAGAGCACUCUUGGAGUCCAGGCUUCUGGUUGUACUCCCCCAGCUUCUCCAGUUGCUCCAAUUACAGCAGCUCCAGCCACCGCCGCUCCAGCCACCGCCGCACCCGCUGCCCCAACUGCUGCCCCAUCUGGUGGCAGUGGAUUCUGUGCUGGCAAAGCAAGUGGACUGUAUCCCGUUGCAGGAAACAAAAAUGCAUUCUGGCAUUGCUUGAAUGGAGUCACCUACCAGCAACACUGUCAAACUGGUCUUGUCUUUGACACAAGCUGUGAAUGUUGUAACUGGGCAUGAUCUGGACCUUCUGAAAGGCUUCAAAACAUGUGAACCCAUAACACUGUAAUGAUCUAUCUUAAACAGUGCCACAAUAAAAUAAA